GUGACAGCGAGACAAACCCUGGACUGCUCCAUUGACAGACUGGGAUCUGCUGGCUGCUGGCUAACACAACACAAAGUAAUCGCCCUACACUAUGUAUCACCUGAAGGUGCCUGUGCUUCUUCUCAUGCUGCUUGUGUUGCUGCGCUGUGUCACCGCUGCCCCAAGCAACAGGUACUUCAGUCCCAGCUCAUCCAGCGAGCAGGAAAGUGCUCUCCUAGACAGCGAGGGCUGGUUAGCACCCGGGCUAGUCUCUAACCCAUUCCUCAACCUCAUGGGUACACGGCUGCAACGGGGGCUCACACCCAUGAACAGCCACAACAUACAGAAGAGAAAGUGCAACACAGCCACCUGUGUCACCCAAAGGCUAGCAGACUUCUUGGUCCGCUCCAGUAACACUAUUGGUACUGUCUACGCACCGACCAACGUGGGAUCUGCCACCUACGGCAAGAGGGACCUACUGCAGCCUCCCAGCUAUCUGCCUCUCUAGUACCGACUGUGGCAACUCCACCAGCACUCCCAGUGCUCUGAUGAUAUAACCAGUCAUCUUAUGUAACAAUGAUUGUGAGAAUGACGUUAAUAAUGACGACAAUGAUGGGGAUGAUUAAGAAAAGAGUCUUCUUGUUCAUUUUAAGAAACAGUGCCUUUAAUUUAAACCAUCAAACUCAGUGUAUGUUUUUCUGGAUCUGUGUGUGCUGUGGCUCUGUUAAUAAUGUUCCACAAUGUCAUGAUGUGAAUAUAGAAAUACAUAAAAGUAAUUAAUCAAACAAUAAAUAAAUAAAAGAAAAACAGAUGUACAGCCAUAUGAAAUAAAUGUUAUCAUCUGUUGCUUUGAUAAUAAAAUUGUAAAGAAAAAAUAUCCAUGUUUUAAGCCACGUUAUUGCAUAUCAUGACAGCUGC